AUGCACUCUGACCCAGACCUUUCGUACCAGUUACAGAAGUUUUGGGAAGUUGAAGAAUUGCCUGUCAAAACUCCGUUGAACCCAGAAGAUGUUAAAUGUGAGGAACACUUUGUCAAAACUCAUCGCCGUGAUUCCGAUGGAGCUUAUAUUGUACGAUUGCCCUUUCGUAAUGGUGAAGCUCCGGAGCUAGGUGAUAGCCGUGUCUCUGCACUAAAUCGUCUAACUAAAUUAGAAAAACGUUUAGAAAAACAGCCCACGUUUAAAGAUUUGUACCAUGCAAAUCUUCAAGAUUAUCUCAGUUCUGGUCACAUGGUACUUGCCGAGAAGAACUCGUCUUAUGUUUUGACCCAUCAUGGAGUUACGAAAGAUAGCUCCACAACUAAAGUUAGAGUUGUAUUUAACCCUGCUGAGAAAACCAAUGCCACCUUCCCUUCUUUAAAUGAGACUUUAUUAGCCGGUCCUAAGCUUCAAAACAGUAUUAACGAUAUUGUUUUGAAUUUCCGCUUGCACCGAGUUGCUAUGACAGGAGAUGUAAAACAAAUGUAUAGAGCCAUCAAAUUGGAUGCAAGAGAUAGUAAAUUUCAGCAGAUAUUGUGGCGUUUCGAUCCCUCUCAACCUGUACAACAGUAUGAAAUAACCCGUGUUUGUUUUGGCAAAGCUCGCCUUACCAUGCCCUCCGUGUGA